AUGCCACGUAAGCUACGUAAGAAUAUACGUAAGAGGAAGGGAGCAUUGAAACAUCCAAUAGUAAAACUGACACCACAACAACAGUUGCAACAACAAAUGAUGAAUGACCCCACUAUGUUGCAACAAAUGUCAAGCAACCCUAUGCUUUUAAACCGAGUUAUUGGUGCACAGAGUGGAGGUUUAAGAGCGGCACUUUUAGCGAAAAUGGCAGGCUAUGGUGGAGCUGCAGACGGAACAGCUUAUAACCCUCAAAGUCAAAUGAAUUUGAGUUCACUCAAAAAUCAAAUAACAGAUGUCAAAAAGUCAAACAUAGACAUACAGAAACAAAUAAGUGAAAACGAAAAGAAACUAGAAUAUGACAGACACACAAAGAAACUCAAUGAGUUAAACGUAGAGAAAAAGAAGAAAGAAGAACAACUGAAAGAACUAAGUACAGAGGAAUAUGCGAAAAAAGUGUCAGAAAAAGCAGCAGAAGUAGCAAAAAUGGAACAAGAUGUUAUAAAUUUGAAAAACCAUACUACUCAAUAUAAAGUACUGAAAGAUGAAGAGAUAAAACAAAAAGCCCUGAAGACAUAUAUGGAUAGCGAUGAGUAUAAAAAAGAAGUUGAAGCAAAUGUAA